AUGAAUAUUUUCUCCUCGGAACCAAACCAAACCAAACCAAACCGAGCACGUCCACCGUCCGAUAACCAGUUGCCGUACAAUCCACGGCCCAAAAACUGCCCGACAUUAUCACGGGCAGAUCUCAUCGUCUUUAAGAAGGGUUGCCUGUAUCUUUCAUUCUUCACUCAAACACCUGAGCCUACGACCCUUCGUCUUCUGAUUCUCUGGCAGAUAAAUUUUCUCCGGCGGUCAUCGGAGUUUUUGUUAGAUUCCGGUGAAUUACGUCUUCAAUUUCAUGUUUUCUCUUUCAUCCGAUCGAUUUUUCCGGAGAUUUGCCGGAGUUCAACCACGCCGCUGCAAUUCAUGGCCGCCGUUUUAGCUAGCGGGAAUGAAUCGAGCUGGGGCCAAUCUAGUGCUGUUGGAUUAAUGGCGAAACUCCCUUACUCCAAUCCUCACUUAAAAAACCCGAAACCUAACCCUAACCCUAAGAAUAAACACAAAUUCAACACAGCUAACGGCCAACACGCCGACGAUUCUACGGUCGUUACUCAGACCACCUCUGAUGAUGCCUAUUCGUUCAACCAGAGAUCGGUUGAGGGUACUAGCCGGAAUGGUUUCAAUCACGGUGGAUACAUUAGCUUCAACUUAGCUUCGUGUUCGAACAGCGAGUUGAGCGAACUCAAGCAGCGUUUGGUGGCGGAGUUGGAACGGAUCCGAAACUUGAAUAAUCAAAUCGAUUCCGGACAACUCCAACCCAGAUCUCAUGGUAAAAUAAAGAAAUUAUCUGGAAGCAAGCGACCGUUUCCUUGUGGUUCUAAAAAAGAUUUGAAGGGAUUGUGCCAAACAUCGGAAUUUGAGAAUGGUCAUAUGAGUGGAAAUGGGAAAGAGGGUUUGAUGAAGAUGUGUAGGCAAGUGUUGACGAAGUUGAUGAAGCACAAAUUUGGUUGGGUUUUUAAUAAACCGGUGGAUGCUGUGGCCUUGGGGCUUCAUGAUUACCAUCGGAUAAUUAAGCAGCCGAUGGAUCUUGGCACAGUGAAAGGGAAUUUGGCGAAAGGUUUGUUUGUUUCGCCUGUUGAUUUUGCUGCUGAUGUGAGAUUGACAUUUAAUAAUGCCUUGUUGUAUAAUCCGAAGACCGAUGAAGUUAACGGCAUGGCCGAGCAGCUACUUGGUAUAUUCGAGGAUAUGUUUAGACCCAUACAAGAGAAGAUUGGUGGUGAUCGGAAAGAAGAGGAUCGUGGCUUUGUUGGUGAUGAGUUGCAAGGUAGUUCUUGGAGUCAAAUUCCAACCCCAGAAAGAGUAAAGAAAUCGGAAACGAGCCCCAAACCCCCAAUUUCAAAUAAAAAAGACCAAAUGCAAAGUGGGUCAAGUGCCUCAAACCCGUCAAAUUCUCCAUUGAACCCAGCUCCGGUGCAAUCACCCGUGCCCUCUCCAUCCUCCAUGCCAGCGCCUCCUGGGAAACCGGUGGCUGUGAGAGGAUCUUCCACAAAGCAGCCGAAGCCAAAGGCUAAGGAUCCCAAUAAGAGAGAGAUGAGUAUGGAGGAGAAGCAAAAGCUUGGAAUUGGGUUGCAGAGUUUGCCUCAAGAAAAGAUGCCUCAAUUGGUGCAGAUUAUAGGGAAGAGGAAUGAGCAUUUGGCUCAAGAGGGUGAUGAAAUUGAGCUUGACAUUGAGGCUCUUGAUACAGAGACCCUUUGGGAGCUUGAUCGGUUUGUGACUAAUUGGAAGAAGAUGGCGAGCAAGACAAAGAGGCAAGCACUAAUGUCAAACAAUUCAGCUGGAGCGGGAACCAUAACCACAACUUCUGCUGAAGCUGAUAGGGGUCCUAUGAGAGAGAGAACUGAUUUGACAAAGAAGCCAAAGAAAGGAGAAGCUGGGGAUGAAGAUGUGGACAUUGACGACGAUAUGCCUGCAACCAACUUCCCAUCGGUGGAGAUUGAGAAGGAUGAAGGUGGUUAUGAUCAAAAUCAUGGUCAUGCUAAUAGUAGUUCUAGCGGUUCCAGUGGCUCAAGCAGUGACUCAUCCUCUUCAAGUGAUUCUGGUUCAGGGAGUUCUUCUGGGAGCGAUUCAGAUGCUGAUGAUGCACAGUCUUGAAGUAAAUUAAAGAACUUGGCAGAUUUGAGAACUGACGGAUGAAAAAAAUGAUGUUUGAACUCUUACACCUAUUAGAAGGGCUUUAAUGUAGGAGGCUUAUUGAUGAGAGGGUUCUGAAUUGUGAAAAUUUGUCGAACUUUGUAGCUUUGGAUUCGACAGAGGAAUGAAGAUAGGGUGUUGGGUGAAGCUUAUAGAGGGGACCAAAAGAGAUACGUAGCUUAGACUCUAGAGAUGUUGGGUUAUUGAACCAAAAGAGAUAGGGCCAGUUAUGCCCCCAGUUAGAGAGAAGAGAGAGAGAGGUAAAUAGUUGAGAUACCACUGUACAGAUUUUUUUCCUCUUUUCUUUUUGGACAAAAAGAGACGUCUUUCUGCUGAAACUGCAACAGCUACUCGCAAUCACCUGUUAGUCACUGAUACGUCACUUAAAUUACUGAUGCACUUGAACUUAGAACUUGUAGAUUGGAGUGUGGCUGACCACACAAGUAAUACAUGAAUUUCCUCAUGGAAAAGGGAUGGGAAGAAUUGUAUAGAACCGAACGGUCAUGUGGAGUGGAAUGACAAGGUUGCCAAGCAAGGCAUGAGUUGGGUGACAAUCAGAAGAAGGUUGAUCCUUCUCACUCCCAUGCGCUUCCUCCUCUCCUCCUCCUCCUCCUCCUCCUG